AUGAAAGAAAGAGCUACCCCAAGUACAAUGUUUGGUUUCAAUGAAAAAAAAGUGCUUGUAUCCUAUGUUCCUAACAAGAAACCAAAAAAAGUCGUUCUACUUUUGUCAACAUUGCAUGAUGACUAUAAGAUAGAUGAAUCAACCGGUGAUGAUGCGAAGCCCGAAGUAAUCACGUUUUAUAACGGUACUAAGGGUGGAGUGGAUACUGUUGACCAGAUGAAAGAAGAAUACUCUGUGGGCAGAAUGACUCGGAGGUGGCCAAUGAGAUUAUUCUUUUCAAUUUUGAAUAUUGGCGGGAUAAAUAGUCAAAUUAUUUACACAGCAAACACUAAAACUGUCUUACUGCGUAGAAUGUACCUAAAAGAGAUAUCCCUCGCCCUGGUCAGGCCACAUUUAAUGAAAAGAUCUAGCAUAAUGACAUUCCCAAGUUCACUAAAAAAGACAAAUCGCUCGAUUUGUACCAAUGGAGAACCAAGAAACCCAUGA